AAAAAAGUUUACUGUCAAAAUUAUAAAGCGUGACGUUUUAACAUUUGUAAUUUUGUGAGUAUUGUAUCUUUAUUUUUGACACUAAACGUGUGAAGAAAAAGGUUUCCUGUUGUUCUAGAUGAAUUAGUUUUUGCUGGUAUGUCCGAGCAAGACAAAAAGAGCAACCCCCCACCGCUAGGGGGUCCCUCUGUCCUAGUGGUAGAUCAGACACAAGGCAGUAGACAGAAACAAUCGUUCCGAGCCACCGAGCUGCAGCAAGAAGCGUCGGAGUUACAUCAUAAGCGAUCGCACGCUUUCGGAGUGCCGUCCGUAGGUGAAGAAUUGAAAGAUAUAUGUCAAGAGGCUAACGGUAGUACCGACCCGGAUAACAAGGAACAAAAGGAACCAAAGGGACAAGACGUCGUGUCGAACGAGAUACAAAAACAGAUGUUGACGAAAAAGUUGUCUUCAAGCCACAAGAAGCACGACCCGCCUGAGACCAUACAGUACGAGACGAUAACGUUAGCGCCCGUCAAUGUGGAGAACAAGAUAGAAUUUGAUACGAAAACGACUGGAGCUGUUUCCGGGGCAGCGACUCCGCAGCCAAUUCCAUCAGCAACCGCAAAGGAGCCAGCACCACAGCCAACGGAGUUACAGCCCCAAGAGUCACAACCUCCGGACUCAAAGACGCAGGAGGCGGUUACUGUUGUGGUGAAAGAGGAAUGCAUAAAGGAGGAUAUACCAGAGCAGCCCAAAACCGAUAUAGAGAAAAAACAAUCCGAUUGGUCGUAUAUGGAGGAGGAGCAGGCGGGCGGGCUGCCGCGGGAGAAGCGCUCGAGCCGCGUCAGUCGUAGCAUGCGCACCUUCUUCUGCUGCGGAGUGCCGUACGAGACGCCCUCGGAGGACGACGUCUCCGUUGAGAACUACGUGUCCGGCAUAUAGACCACUCUAGGAAAUAAAUCGUUUAUAACGCACACUGUCCAAUAAUCGCCGCCGCGAAUUACUCGUUGCUUAUCAAGUUUUUUCCACGUUUCACGAUCUUUAUAAGAUUUCAGUAAAUUGUACUGGCUAUGUAUGAAAGAUGUUACAUUGGCGGUUGCCAGCGUACGGUAAUGAAAAAUAAGUUAAAGAACAUUUUGCGUGUAUUCUAGUUGUGUAUAUAAAAUUACUAAUACAA